CCGCGCCGUGUUGCCCAGUCAGGGCUUUACACAAUGGAGCCGCCGAUUCUUUGUACGUGAAAUCAGGUAUAAAUGGGGCGGGAGGUCGGCGUAGGGGACCUGUGCAAUUCUGAGAACGAUUGACAUUCACCAUGACCAUGGGCAAGAUCAUCUUCUACGAGGACAGGAACUUCCAGGGCCGCUCCUAUGAGACCAGCAGCGACUGCGCGGAGCUCACCUCCUACCUGAGCCGCUGCAACUCCUGCAGGGUGGAGAGCGGCUGCUUCAUGGUCUAUGACCGCUCCAACUACAUGGGGAACCAGUACUUUGUGAGGAGGGGCGAGUACUCGGACUACUCCCGCAUGGGCAUGAGCGACUGCAUCAGAUCCUGCCGCAUGAUCCCCAUGCACAGAGGAUCCUACAGGAUGAGGAUCUACGAGAGGGAGAACUUCGGAGGUCAGAUGCACGAGCUGAUGGACGACUGCGAGUCAUUCCAGGAGCGUUACCGCAUGUCCGACUGCCAGUCCUGCAACGUGAUGGACGGCCACUGGCUCAUGUACGAGCAGCCCCACUUCAGAGGCAGGAUGAUGUACCUGAGGCCUGGGGAGUACAGGAGCUUCAGAGAUAUGGGCUACAGCAACAUGAGAUUCAUGUCCAUGAGGCGCAUCAUGGAUACCUGUUAAUUUACUGUUUGAACAGUAGAUUUUUAAUAAAGUCUCCUUUA